GGUUUUUAUAAGAGGCAGUAGAACGGGCAGCCUGGGGUCCUAUUCUGCCAUUAAAAACAACAAGAACUAGCUACAGAAAUAAACUGCAGAAGGUCAGAAUGGUCCAGAAUAUUCUUAACAAAAUCAUUGGGAAUAAAUAUAUUUCCAUCGUGAGGACGUGGGUCCCUAAUAUGGCGGCUUGGGGAACAGUGGGUGGCGUGGCGCUUGUCCACUUCACAGACUGGCGGUUAAUCUUGGACUAUGUGCCAUACAUUAAUGGAAAAUUUAAAGGGGAUGAGUGAUGAAUUAUAAUUUCAUGUGGACCACAUCUGGAGAUGGGAACAUGCUUUGUCAAUGCAAGUUCAGUGUCAAAACCAUGGCUGUACAAUUAGUCAUCCCAGGCUGUUUGUAACACAAGAUGCACUCUGUUUAACGUGAAUCUGAAAAUAUUAAAAGUAUAUGCCAAUAAGGUUUAUGUCCAACACUAAUCUCUCAUAAUUGUGUAAAAUGUAUUAUAAAUAAAACAUAUUUUUUGUUUA